AUGCGGCCUUCCAUGCAGAUAUCGGUGCUGGCCCUAAUGGCCAUGCACCUUGGUCAAUUUGCUGUCGCAGAAAAGGUUCUUGGGGCCUUUAUUUUCGCUCGUCAUGGAGACCGUACUCCCAAAGUGCUCGGUCACACGCAGCUCACCGACUUGGGAUACAGUGAGGUUUAUCAGACUGGCAGUUAUUACCAUGAUCGGUACAUCGACGCCAGCUCCUCCUUACAUAUCGAGGGAAUAAGCGACGAAGUCGUCAAACUCAGCCAGAUAGACGCCGCGACACCUUCCGACAACGUGCUUCAGAGCUCUGCGCUUGGUUUCCUGCAGGGUGUCUAUCCUCCUGUUGGCUCGGCAGCCAACCAAACAUUGGGCAAUGGAACCACUGUCAAAGCACCCCUGCACGGGUACCAGUUGAUCCCUCUGUCACUUGUCUCAUCGGGGACCAAGAGUGAGGACAACACCUGGCUGCAGGAUGCCACCGGCUGCACGAACGCCAAAGUCAGCAGCAACAAUUACUACAGCUCAUCGCUGUACAAUGAUCUAUACAAGUCCACCGAAGAUUUCUACAAGUCUCUCUCACCCAUGCUGGACGGAGCCUUCCCCGAAUCCGAUAUAAGCUUCAGACACGCCUACACGAUCUUCGACUAUCUCAACGUCGCCAAGAUCCACAACACCAGCAACACCCCCACUGACGAGCAAUUAUAUCAACUCUUCCGCCUAGCUAACGUCGAGCAAUACAACCUGGCCUACAACACCUCCGAUCCUAUCCGCGCCAUCGCAGGCUCCCAACUCGCCGGUGAAAUGCUCCAAGCUCUCAACAAGACCAUCACCACAAAGGCAAAGACGAAACUGAACAUCCAAUUCGGUUCCUACGGAACCUUCCUCUCGUACUUCGGUCUGGCCCAACUCCCCACCGUUAAUGUCGACUUCACCGGUAUUCCCGACUACGCGUCCUCCAUGGCCUGGGAACUUGUGACCAACUCGACUUCGGACGACUUCCCAUCCACCUCCGAAAUCGGCGUACGUUUCGUAUUCCACAACGGCACAAUCACCGGCUCCGAUGCCCCUAAAGAAUACCCUCUCUACAAUCAAUCGAGCACCGUCAUCCCCUGGUCGGAUUUCGUAGAAAAGACCAAGAAGAUUGCCAUCACGUCCAACGACGAAUGGUGCAAGGCCUGUGGUAACUCCGACCACACGUGUUCGUCCGGAUCGUCGCGUGGCUCAGACUCGGGCUCAGGCGCCGUGGGAGCUUCGUCCAAGGACGUCGGUGGUGUGUCCAGGCCGGUGGCUGGUGUUAUCGGUGCUAUGGUGACGUUGGCAGUGAUUUUGGGUCUGGAGGCACUUAUCCUGGCGGUGGGAGGGUUUAGAAUUGCGAAGAAACGGGGGACUGGAGCCAAUGUUCCGGCUCCCUCGGUGGCAGAGAACAAGAUUGUCUAA